AGGGAUGGAUUGUCAUUCAUCAACGUUCAGGGUAACAACUGCUGUACAUGGCCGCACAUUUACGACUGUUCCAGCUACUUUCAGGCCGGAUUUAAAACGCACACAGGGUUUCUGCUGUUGGUGCUUCGGAUGUCCAAGUACAGACUCUUUCUUCUGAGGCAUGGGGAGGGGGCCUGGAACAAAGAGAACCGUUUCUGCAGCUGGGUUGACCAGAAGCUGAGCGAGGAUGGGGUGAAGGAGGCCCAGGACUGUGGAAGACUCCUAAAGGAGCAGGGCUACAAGUUCGACUUAGUAUUCACCUCGAUACUCAGCCGCUCCAUCCAGACAGCAUGGCUGGUGCUGGAGGCCAUGGGUCAGGAGUGGGUCCCUGUGGUCAAGUCCUGGAGACUGAACGAGCGCCACUAUGGUUCCCUGAUUGGCCUGAACCGGGCAGAGAUGGCUCUGCAACAUGGAGAGGAAAAGGUGAAGUUGUGGAGAAGGAGCUACGCAAUCACUCCACCUCCGAUUGAUGAAUCCCACCCUCACUUCCUGGAAAUCUACAAUGACCGCAGAUACACCACUUGUGACGUACUAAAAGAGAACCUUCCCCGAGCAGAGAGCCUGAAGGAGGUGCUGGACAGAAUGCUGCCAUACUGGAACAGCACUGUGGUGCCAGAGAUAAGGAAAGGCAGGACUGUGCUGAUUUCUGCUCAUGGAAACAGCUGCAGAGCUCUGCUGAAACACCUGGAAGGUAUAUCGGAUGAGGAUAUUGCCCGUGUGACUUUACCGACAGGGAUACCUGUGCUGCUUGAGCUGGAUGAAAACCUCCAGCCUGUGGAACCUCGACAGCUCUUGGGAGACCAGGCGAAGAUUCAGGCGGCAAUUAAAAAGGUGGAGGACCAGGGAAAAGCCAAACCGUCAACUUGAACACACUUAACUGUCUGAUCUGGUUGCCUGUGUGCACUUUUAUUAGGUACCGGUACAGUGAAAAUUCUUGAAAAGACUCAAAUAAAAAUAUAUGACAUAUUACAAUAACAACAGCACAUUGUUAACACGAUUCUAAGGAAAGGUGUAAAGUUGCUGUAUGUGAAGUCGUGACCUGGAUACAGAAAGUGUGUCAUAGGUCAGACUGGUCCGACAGGAGCAGGAGGAAGUACUGUACUGUACUGUAAAUGUUUCAGCGCUGUGUUGAGUUGUAUUUUGUGUACGCUCUGAUGUUUAAGCUAAAUGUUACCACGCAUGCCUGUAUGGUGACUCUAAAGUGGUUCAUUAUUUAUUUACCUUUUGACUCCACCUUGCUGAUUACUUGUAAUUUGGUGAAGCUGAAAAAUCUUCAAGGAAAAACGCUCCUUUCUAAAAGAUACUUUCCUGGUACAUUGAUGAGCUUUAAGAGUAUUCCCUAGCAUUUAAACAUGUGCCUUCCAUAUUAACUACGUACUUUUUUUAUAAAAGUUUCUUUUAAGGAGCAUUAAACAGGUCUUGUGGUGAUUUGGUGAUUUUAGUUUUUUAUGAAAGCACUCCUUUUAACAAAUCUUACCUCUUAGAAAUUGAUUGCCAGGCUGUUCAUUCCAAGAAUGGGGUAAAACUGAGCCACAGAAAAGCUGUAAAUAUGCAAACUCAUACCAUCUACUAAACUGCUGUCACAGUAACUCAUACUAUUAAAGAGCCUACUCGGUAAGAGUAAGCAAUAUUGCUGAAGCUGUUUUAUCAUGAGGUUCAUACAGCACAUUAACUGUGAAAUGAAAUAGCUUGAGUUAAAAACACUGUGGCAAUUUGGUGAUAACUGCUUUAUGCUUUGUACGUUUGGGUUUUGAGUUUUUACAUUAAGAAAAUAAAAAUAAUCCCCAUCCUAAUUAAAUGCAACAACUGUGAAUGGUAAAAAUACCAUUACUAAAUUCACACAUGUGCAAUUUCAUGUUGCUUAUGUCACGUUAACAUGUUUGAAAAUGUUACAAACCACUUUUUGAGUCUGCACAUUAUUGUCAUUGUAUGUUACUGCUGUGUGUGGCAUUGGAUACUUUAAUGUCCUUGAUGAUGACAGCACUGCAUCAUUUGUGUGUCAUGAUUGUUUGUUUUUGUUUCUCUGCCACUCAUUUUGUACACUGGUCUGUUAGGUCAACUGAGGAGAUAUAAGUUACGAUGAUGCAUUUGUAGCUACUAAAAGGAAAAAUACUGAUAUAUUUGUAAUCUCAUGGAUUAUUUAUUGUCUUCCCUGCUGUUCACACCUUACCAUACGAGAGCCUGCAUGAUGAAAUAAAAGGGAAUUUAACUUUUCCUAAAAUAC